AUGUCAGUACCGGUACUUAAAAGCAACAAAAGUGCCAAUGCCAAUAACGAAGCUUCAUUUAUUUGCUUAUCACCAGAAAUCCAUUGUGAGCUAGUAAAAUUUUUAUCGAUUAGAGAUUGUAUUGCAGUCAGCCAAGCAUGUACUACAUUUCGAAAUAUAUACCGCAUUUCUAGCUGGACUCAUUGUGAUUUGGCUCUUAUUUCGUCAGACCAACAUUUCGAAUACAUUAAUCGCCAUAAAGAAAUAUGGGAAGACGAAAGCUGGGAAUCAUGGGACCUCAAGAAAAUCCAACGGCGUCAGCGGCGACAUGUGUUCCCAUUGUCUUGCAUUUUAAACCCUAAUCGUUAUAGUUGGGUUCUCCCAAACAUAAUUCGAACCAUCCGUGUUCUUAACGUUUGUCAUGAACUACCUGAACAGUCUCAAGAAUAUGAGUUUCUCGAAAAUGCCUUAAAUGUCAUAGCCACUAGUUUCCAAAACGACAGAGAUUCGAAUGCUAGUGAUGUAAGCUAUAAUGCGCUUCGAAAGCUGACAACAUUACAUGCAAUCAACCGGACUGGGUUCGACAAAGUUAUCAAAUCAAACCUUUUAGAUGUUUUUCUUGCAAACAAUAGUAAACUGCCGCUAUUCCAGACCGAAAGCUUUGAUCUUCGUUUGCAAAUCAAUACAAACACUGACAAAUUAGCUGCCCAAAAAAUUCCGGAAAGUGUUUCACAAACUUUUAGUUGCGUUACUGAACUCGAAGUUGUUGGUAAAAAACUGUUUGCAUCACAUUUGCCAUCUCAAUUAAAGCUUGAAAAGCUGCGUAAGCUCUCUUUGCAUGGUUUGCGAGCUCCCUUCCUUACAAAUAUUUUAGAAAUGGUUGCAAAAAAAAGUGUAGCACCAGUGUUAUCCGAGCUGUACUGUGAGCUCGGAGUGCAUCAGCGACAGACUUCCAUUUACGUUCAAAGUGCCAUUGGAGCAGUAGCUGAAUUACCGUCACGGAUAAGUUAUUGUAUGUUGAGGUUAGUGAAUGAAGAUGAAGGUGGAUAUAUUCGUCUUGGUUCUGCACAAGAUGCUGCUUCUCUAGAAAUGAAUCCAUUGUUUAAUGUUCCUGUAGUGACAGACUUGAUAGUUGAAGAGGAUAGCUUUGACUUGACUUUGUUUAGUCGACUUGUGAGGUUCCCUCGUCUUUCCUUUUUAAGAACUCCUCCAUUCAAUUUGACGAGUUUAAGCAGUGAAAAAUUCUCUUAUCAAUAUUUUAACCCCAUGAAUCGAUUAACUAAACUGUCAUAUGAAUUUGGCACCGCGCUUUUUUAUGAGCGACAGAGGGCUCUGACACUACUGCCGAACUUACGGCAUGUACAGUUUUCCGGUGGCUCACCAGACCUCGUCCCCUACAUACCAGAGCUUCUUGACUUCUUUUGCGAUGCUUUUUUGUAUUUUUCGGAGCAUGGAAAGAUCCUUAGUCGUGAUCAGAUACAUAAAAUGUUGGCUGGGAAGCAUAAAGCAAUGGUUCCAGCGUUAAAAGAAGUUCGUUUUCGACUGGAUUCUGAGCAAUAUUCAAGUACGGGAGAAAGUUAUGUCGAAACAUCAGAGUUUGAUGAAAUUGGUGAUAACUAUAGUACAAGCGAUGAAGAAAAUAAUGGCGAACUCCAUGGCGAUGAAGCCCCUGAACAGCAAGCUCAAGCCCAAGAGCAAGUAGUUACAUCAGCAUCAUUGCAUCCAUCAGAUGGAAAUUUAGGUGAUGAAACAAACAAUGAGACAAACCAUGCUGAACUUCUUUAUAAAUACGGCAUUCCUAGUGAUGAAAAUAUUAGUGGGGGAGGUGAUUCCAUUAAACCUUCACAACCAGCUGGAGUUAAUGACAGUUAUUUUGAUAAAAUUGUGGAAUUUCUAACAUAUAUGUUUUACGAUCCCACAGAGUGCUUUCGAGAAUAUCAAUCUAAGAUUGCACCUGAUGAUUUUGGAAUGAUGCUUUUGCUAGGUUUGUGUUGUUGUGAAGCGUACUUUGACAUCAUACUUGACUGCAAAAAUUUAGAGACCGCAUCACUUGAUAUGAGGAUUGCAAGAAUGUGUUAUCCAUCGUUACGGUUUUGUCAGUUUUUAGAACAAUACUAUAAAAAUAAUAGGUCAGAUUUGACUGAUCUCGAUCCGCGUCGACACAAAAUCAAGCAGUACUAUUUAGUGUUUGGACAUAAUGACGAAGAAAAAACCCCAUGUGAGACGAUGUUCAAUGAGAUGGACGAUUGCUUGGAAGUCAAUGGCAGAAAGUUCUUUUUAUCAAAACGAUACGGAAUGUUCCCAUAUCGCCCCAACUUUUUAAAAAUGCGACGAGGAGAAAAAUAUAUGUUGUUCAUGGACUUUGAGCAAAAACGAAAUUUUCAUAUUCCACCGCCUGGAGGAAAAGGAGUGACGAUUAGAGUAGAAGACUUUUGGAAUCGUGAUUUUGAUGGAUGGAUUUAA